CUCUAGUUAUAUCCCGUCCAUUGAUCCUGUCUUUUCAUGAAGUUAUAGUGUGCUGUCGUGGUUUCUAUUCAGGAUAAUUCGGUACUGUACGAAUCAAACUAUUCAGACUGUUUCAACCAUGUCUGCACAGACUGCCGGAGAUAAUGCAACUCGGUUCGAGGAAUCUAGGAGCAAGUUCUUAGAGUACCCCGAGAAUCUUGUCAGGACAGAAUCUUUCCGUCACACACUCGAAUUAUAUCGGCGAAGGCUUGAUCGCAACAAACUUUUCGACCCCAAAUUUCGCUCAAUAACUUGUCUUGAUUUAUAUCAAGAUAACAACACGUUUGCCCCAUCACAGAAACUUGACACAAUAAAAAAGCUUAGUGAAUAUCUUGACGAAGAAGAUGGUACCCCUUUAUGGCGACUUGUUUUCCUCCAGUCUCAAUCAGCCCGAGGUGCAUUGGGAUGCACCAAAGAGCAGCUUACUUUAUUACUUACUUAUUAUCAAGUAAUGCCCUGCUUUUUAGAUUUUAUCUUGACUUUUAGUGUCCGGGGGAAUCCCGUGGCACACGCUCUUUUCAGGCAAGAAAACUACCUUGAAAGGAACAGCCCUGAGUUUUCCCUACCGCAGCUUAAGCGAGGGGGCGUUCAAAUGCAGCAUGCUUUCAAUCUCCUCUCUGUGGAACGGGCUAGCGACCCUGAGGAGAAAGAUCAAUGGCCGUUGCGUCAAGUCGCACUCUACCACUCCUUAGAUGUUACAAACGGGCGAUGUUUUUGGAUUAUUCUUAAAGGAGAUCGAUUAAUUGCGCGUCGUAUUUACUCCGCCACAAAACACCACAGACAUCUUAAAGCCGCAGAAAUCACUAGCCCCGAAACAUCGUUUAUUGCUUCACUACAGGUACAGAUGAUUGCAAUUGAAUGGUGCUCAGAGAGUUGGGCUGAUUACAUUGACUACCUUGAGGAGAUGAUCAGUUCAAAUUCCGUUGAAGGGAAAGCGGCACCAGUGGAGAAGAUGACAAGCCCCGAGGAGAUCGAAUUGAUGCAUUCGCCAAAGAGCACCAAUACUUGGGGAACCCAGUCCGAUACUUCCCCCAUUAGUCCUAGGCGAUUUACAUUUUCUCGCGCUUCAACGGAUAUUCGCACGGUCUUCCGGCGAUUUUCUGGACUUGAUAGUAGCAUCAUUGAAACCCCCCGUGAAGCAAAUGAUAAGGAUAUCGAAGCGACAGCAGGGGUAGAAGAAGAAACCAACGAUAGUGACAAAUUAUCGUACCUUGAAAGGGAGUUCUCUUUCAAAAAGUUCCAGCGAUUAAGCCUACUCUCCCAGGGCCUAGAACAGGCAUUGGUGGCCAUUGAACAGAAUAAAGGGGUCCUUACAGCAAUCCAGGAACAUUACAACUCGGUUGUUAACUCAUACGGCUUCGCAAAUCAUAUGAAUAAGGGCGUUUGCGACAGCGAUAUAGCAACUUUCCUUACAAGGAUACAUAAUACUAAAAGAGACUUGGAUAUACACCAUAGCCGUUUACAAACGUUAUCUCGAGCGUUAGAAAACGACAAGACAGUGUUUACCACUCUUUUACAAUAUAAAAGCGAGAAAGUUUCGGAGUAUUUCGCGAAAAGCGCGAAGACAUCCUCGGAUAAGAUGGAACUUAUGACAGCGAAGAUGCACGACAUUGCUGUUCGUACAGAGCAGGAGACGGUAUCUAUGCACGUAAUUACAAUAUUUACACUUAUAUUCCUUCCGGGGACCUUUAUUGCUGUAUGGGCUUGGAUUCCACGACUUUUCCCACAUUUUCUAACUUUACGACAGACCCUCUUCAGUAGCGGUGUAUUUCAAUGGAAUGACGACGGGAAUCUCGGCUCGGAUUGGGUUAUUCGAAAGAACGCUUUGAAACUAUUCUUCUCGGUGUCCUUACCAAUGAUGGCUAUUAUUUUAUCGGCUUGGUCAAUUCUAUAUCUUUAUAUGAGGCGAAAGAGAGAACAGGAGAAACGGAGAUUGGUGUUACCUGUGACGGAGGGGCAAUCGGCUGAAGGGGGUACGGACGGGAUAGCUCAUUGGAGAAAGGUCUUAGAAAGGGAUAAGAGUUGAGGGUGAUAGUCGAAAAGGGGUUGUCUGCACAUAUGUAUAUUAGGUACCUACCUAAGAUAAAAAAUACGGCGGGACAACUGGAAGGCACAUCUGGAUCGGAGUUACAGCACGGCUAUUUGUGGAGCAACUCACGGACCGAUCCGGUAAUCCGGGGGCGAUGUGGGGCUAUUGUAAUUCAAUCUCUUUCUUUAUGUUUGAAAAAAGACAUACAUUUACAUAUGUUAA